CUGACCUCCUCCCGGUUUCUGCAGCGCUGGAACAACUUUAGUGCCUCUAUUUAAAACAUAUCACGGUACAUAUCGGUGCAGAUAUAUAGAUAUAUCACACAUGAGGGAUGGCAUCUUUUUUUGGAAAGAUUCUCGUCGGUAUUUACGUGGAAAUCAAACGGAGCGAUGGACGAAUACACCAAGCCAUGGUGACAUCUCUGAAUGAAGACAACGAAAGUGUCACCGUAGAAUGGAUUGAAAAUGGAGACACAAAAGGAAAAGAGAUUGACCUGGAAAGCAUAUUUGCACUAAACGCAGAUCUUGCCCCUGAUGAGGAAAUUGUGCAGAGUCCCGAGACUCCACCCCCUCCUGUGACCAGUGGCGUGAAGGUCAACAAGAUCCCUAAGGCCCGACGAACAAUAGCGCCACAGAAGAACGACACUCCGUCCCGGGACAACAGAGUCACAGUGGGGACCACGCGAGCCCGGCCCAGUCAGGCCCAGCAGUCCCAGCAGUCCCAGCAGGCGGAGCCGCCCCCCCCAGCCCCUGCACCCCAGCUCACCCAGCAACAGACCCUGCAGCAGCAGCAGAACGCCCGUAGGAAGUCCAGCUGUGUGAAGGAGGUGGAGAGGCUGCAGGAGAAGAGGGAGAAGAGACGACUUCAACAGCAGGAGCUCAGAGAGAAGCGAGCUCAGGAGGUCGACGCCACAACCCCAAAUUAUGAGAUUAUGUGUAUGAUCCGAGACUUUAGGGCCAGCCUGGACUACCGGCCACUAACCACUGCUGAUAUGAUAGAGGAGCACAGGAUAUGCGUGUGUGUCAGAAAAAGACCUCUCAACAAGAAAGAGCUUACAGUAAAGGACCUGGAUGUCAUCACCAUCCCCAGUAAAGACGUGGUCAUGGUUCAUGAGCCGAAACAGAAGGUGGACCUGACCAGAUAUCUGGAGAACCAGACGUUUCGCUUUGACUACGCUUUCGACGACUCCACCACUAAUGAAAUGGUUUACAGGUUCACAGCGAGACCGCUGGUAGAGACCAUCUUUGAGAGGGGCAUGGCCACAUGCUUUGCCUAUGGCCAAACUGGCAGUGGAAAAACUCAUACCAUGGGUGGGGAUUUUUCAGGCAAGAACCAGGACUGCUCCAAAGGGGUCUACGCCUUGGCUGCUAGGGAUGUGUUUCUCAUGCUCAAGAAGCCAAACUAUAAGAAGUUAGAGCUGCAGGUGUUUGCCACCUUCUUUGAGAUCUACAGUGGGAAGGUGUUUGACCUGCUGAACAGGAAGGCUAAGCUGCGUGUGCUGGAGGAUGGUAAGCAGCAGGUGCAGGUGGUGGGGCUGCAGGAGCGUGACGUGCGCUGCACCGAGGACGUCCUCAAACUCAUCGAGGUCGGCAACAGCUGCAGGACAUCUGGUCAGACAUCCGCCAAUGCCCACUCCUCGCGGAGCCACGCCGUGUUCCAGAUCAUUCUGCGCCGCCGGGGGAAGAUGCACGGCAAGUUCUCGCUGAUCGACCUGGCGGGAAACGAGCGCGGAGCUGACACGUCCAGCGCCGACCGGCAGACCCGCCUGGAGGGGGCCGAGAUCAACAAGAGCCUUCUGGCCCUCAAGGAGUGUAUUCGAGCUCUGGGACGUAACAAGCCUCACACGCCGUUCCGAGCCAGCAAACUCACACAGGUCCUCCGGGACUCCUUCAUCGGAGAGAAUUCCCGUACGUGCAUGAUUGCAACGAUUUCUCCAGGCAUGGCCUCCUGUGAGAACACACUAAACACACUCCGAUACGCCAACAGGGUGAAAGAGUUUGGCAUCAGCCCCUCUGACAUCCCCUUCAGCCAGACAGGUGGUAACCGUGCAGAGGUCUCCCCCACUUACGAGGAGGAGGACUUCGAUCCCUCUCCCAACAGGGUGACGGAGAUGUGUGGCGACCCAGGCGUGGUCAUGGAUGGAUGUGGGGGGGGUCCGUCUCUGAGCCAGCUGGAGGUUCUGGAGGCCCAGUGGGCCAUGGGCAGCUCUCCACAGAGGGACGACCUCAAGCUGCUGUGUGAACAAAACGAGGAGGAAGUGUCCCCGCAGCUGUUUACCUUCCAUGAGGCCGUGUCCCAGCUGGUGGAGAUGGAGGAGCAGGUGCUGGAGGACCACAGGGCUGUGUUUCAGGAGUCCAUACGCUGGCUGGAGGAUGAGAAGGUCCUGUUAGAGAUGACUGAGGAAGUGGACUAUGAUGUUGACUCCUAUGGUACACAGCUCGAGCAAAUUUUGGAUCAGAAGAUUGAAAUAUUAACAGAACUAAGAGAUAAAGUGAAGUCCUUCCGAUCAGCACUUCAAGAGGAAGAGCAAGCAAGCAAACAGAUUAACCCCAAGAGGCCGCGACCACUUUAAGAACCAUCCCAAGACCCCAACAGUGCCGAGAGAUGCUUGACUCCUGAGCGCUCCAACACUUCUUCCCCCCACCAAAAACCAGCUUGCCAGCUCGCCUCAAACUGGACAAGAGUUUAACCAGCUCUGAUGGUCAUUUCCUGUAGGUGUUGUAGGUGACGACCGCUGUACAUGGAAGACAAAGGGAAAUUUAACUAAAGCACACAGUACUGUAAAUGUAAAUCACUCAUUUGUAAAAUAACGAACAAAGGUCAUCACCUUUUGCAAGGGAAACUGACUUGUAAUCCUCUGCAGACUCGGAGGGUUGAUGACCUUUUAUUGUAUGCGUUUCAGCUAAUUAUGAUUUGUUGGAUGAAGAUGAGGCCACUUUAUGAUUAAUGCAUGCACAAACCUGCCAGUUGUACCGAAGCCUUUUCAUGUUGUGUGUGUAUAUACUCAAACUUUUCAUCUCAUUCUAACAUCAUGACAUCUGGAUGAGAUCUCCGGCAGAAUCUUCCUUUCACCGUAACCUGUCCAAGAAUAUCGCUGGAAUUCAUGGCUGCUCUACUGUAUCUCUGACUGCUUAGAGGAACUGUGGUUUCGUGAACUGAGAUUUAAUUUCUAGACAUGGCACAUUCUUAGAAACAUACAGUUGUUAAAUCCAUACUGGAUCCCACUGAAUGUUUCCAGCUUUUUUGUUAGUUUGUUUUUUUAAAUAUCAAUGCCACUAGGAGCGGAAAAUUAGGUACCAUUCAGAGUUCUGUGAACAGCUGCAUGAUUAGACAAAUAAACACUAUUCAUAUUGAUAAUUUUUUUUUAUUUUUAUAUAUGGAGGAAUCUGUUGAAGAGUCUGAAUCAUGCUGUAUAAUCGAAUGUGCGAGUGUCAUUUACGUUCGUACCAUUUUGUUACAAGCUGUGUCUAGUGUUUCAGCUCUCCUCUUCAUGUUUUGUUUACAAGGCAAUCAAUGUUUCUAUGUGACUGAACUAUUCCCUGUCAUCAUUAAUAAUGUACAAAGUCCAUCCUGUUAAAAAAAAAAAAAGUUGUUUACCUGUUUUUAAAAACAGAAUACUGAUGGACAGUGCAUAGCUAUGAGGAGAACUACUGCUCUGGAACUGUGCAGUGCUCAAUGUGACUUAAAUAAAGACCCUGCCCAACUGGA